UUCCUUGAAGAUGUCAAACACAAAAUUUCCAUAAAUAGCCUACUCCAUUAGUAAUAGCAUCCCCUAAUUUCCACUUAAUUAUGUUCCACAGGCUUUCAAACUAUAUUCUUCUCUGAUAAUUGAAUUGAAUCACUAGUUAGAACAAUUAUUUAUUAUUAGAAAAACCAACAAGUUCAGUUAAAUCUCAUUGAGGGUGAUAAAACAAAAACAAGAACAAAAAAAAGUGAGCCCUUUCUUUUUCCUUUUCUUUUUCUUCUUCUCUCCAUCAUAAAAAAAUCACACCAACAACAACAUCAACAGAGGUUUCAUCAAUGAGUACACAUGCUUCUUACAACAUGAGAUCCAAAUCAUACUAUGAAAAUGAUAUCAAAGGAACAAUGAAAGAUAUUGGGGGUGGGAAGAUGGUGUCUUCCGGAACAACAACAGCAACGGGCAGCAAGGAGAAUUUCUUCAUCUUCUCCCUUGUGAGCCUUUGGUAUUCGUCAAACAUUGGUGUGAUCCUUCUCAACAAGUAUCUUCUCUCAAACUAUGGAUUCAAGUUCCCAAUUUUCCUCACAAUGUGCCACAUGUCAGCGUGCGCGGUUCUCAGCUACAUUUCCAUUGUGUUCUUCAAAGUUGUGCCUCAGCAGAUGAUCAAAUCCAGGUCCCAGUUCAUGAAGAUUGCAACUUUGAGCAUUGUUUUUUGUGGGUCUGUUGUUGGAGGAAACAUCUCUCUUAGGUAUUUGGCUGUUUCUUUCAAUCAAGCUGUUGGGGCGACCACGCCUUUCUUCACGGCUGUUUUUGCGUACCUUGCAACGCUCAAGAGAGAGGCUUGGGUUACAUAUGCUGCUCUUGUUCCUGUUGUUGCUGGGGUUGUCAUUGCAAGUGGG